AUGGAGGAGCUGCAGACUCUUCUGAAGCUUCAGCAAGAAGAGCAGAAUCUAGUAGAGCACCUUGCUUCUUUGGAUCUAGAAGAUCCCCUCCCGACUAUGGAGCCCCAUCACCUCUCAUGGUCUGAUCAUCAAGAUACGGUGCCGAUGGAGUACGACCUCGCUGAGUCUUUGGUGGUUGAGCAAUCCAUGGUCGAGGCUUCCCAGGACGAAGCAUCCGCAGAGGCCCCGACAGCAAAGCCAGUUGUGUGCGACACCAGCAUGAACGAAGCAUCGGCAGAGGCCCCGACAACAGAGCCAGUUGUGUGCGACACCAGCAUGAACGAAGCACCCGCAGAGGCCCCGACAACAGAGUCAGUUGUGUGCGACACCAGCAUGAACGAAGCAGCCGAAGACGCCCCGACAACAAAGCCAGUUGUGUGCGAACCCAUCAUGGAGGAGAAGCCAUGCACAGACACAGAACCUGAAGAGUCGCAAGAUGAAGCCACGAAGUACUACAGUACCUCUCCCGACAACAAAGCAGCCGUGCUCUCACGCAGCGACAGAUUUCGCCCAUCCGUGCUAAAGGAGUUGCAGCCCAUCUCGCCGCAGGAGCAGAACAGGCUUGCCCGUCCCUCCAAUGGUGGGGCAGAGGCAGGCUCGGCCGAGGAGGAUGAUGCUGAAGGGAGCUGUGAUGAGGCUCCCAAAAGGGGGAGGGGAAGGGGACGAGGUCGUGGCAGGGGCAGGGGUCGUCAGGGCAAGAACAAGGAUCAGAAGGACUUGGUUCAGGAGGCAGAUAGAGCUGCUGGUCCGAAGAGAAAAGCAGCUUCUGCUGAUGCAGGCAAGGGCAAAGCUCGCAAGCUGGAUCCCGAGGCAACCGACACAACAAAAAGCACGCAGAAGACCCGAACCAAGAACAAGGAUCGUGAGGAGGAAGGAGCAUCGCCUGCCCCGAAGCCCGAUGCUAAAAGAAAGCCGCAGCCCGGAAGCAGGAGCAAGGGUCACGAGGAGGAUGAGGCAUCCCCAGUCCCCAAGGCCAAGGCUAAGAGCAAGGCGAAGCCCACACGCACGAACAAGGAUCACGAUGAGGAUGAGGCAUCGCCGAUCACGAAGACAAGAGCCAAAGGCAAGCCGAAGCCCGCAAGCAAGAGCAAGGAUCAUGAGGAGGAUGAGGCAUCGCUGGUCACGAAGACAGGAGCCAAAAGCAAGCCGAAGCCCCCAAGCAAGAGCAAGGAUCAUGAUGAGGAUGAAGCAUCGCCGGCCACGAAGACAAAGAGGUCCCCGAAAUGCAAGGCCAAGCCCAAAGCUUCGCCACACAACAGCAAGACCAAGGGAAAGGAGCCCAGCAAGAAGGGAGACAGAGCAGGAGCCAGUGAUGAUGUCGAUGAGAUGAAGGCUAAAAAAAGCCGAAAGAGCACCGCUUAUCACAAAGCACGCAAGCAAGCAAGCGAGGAAGGCAAAUCUCCUGAGGAGGCUAAAGCGGCUGCCAAAAGAGCUAGCAGAGAGGCCAUGGAACGUUCUGCAAUUUUGUCACUGACCUUGGAGAACCAUCGUCUGAACGAGGAGGCCACCAGGGCGAGCAUCAUCAGCAUCAGCCGAGUCAGGGGGGAGGUCUACACAGACUCCGUCCUGGUGCUCCGGAGCUGCAUGGUGCCAGUGAGGAUGGUGCUGCUGGCAUUUCGCCUGGCAAGCUCGGGGGCUCCAAGAGAAAGGAUGCGACGAGUCUUCAGACCCUCGACUGGCCCAUGCAAGGCUUCCAAGGAAGCCCUUUCGUUGUACGAAACUGAGGAGAUCGAUAUGCACAUCCAGAAGUAUGUGAAGCAGCUGAACUCCUGUGAGCAGAAUGCUCAAUGGGUCACGAAGCAGCAAAUGGCAGACAAUAGUUUCGCCUGGGCGGCCUCAAAGGGACUUUUGAGAACUAACGAGGUGCAUAAGACAGAAGAGGCCAAACUUGUCGUCGAGGAGAAGUUCAGCAAACGGACCGAACGUGGCUCUGUGAAGGAACUCAACUCGCAUGCUCUUGUCGAGGACGAAGACGGUUACAUGCUGGAAGACGAUAUCCCCACCACGGAGACCGACCCGGUCCACCACAAGCCUGCUGAUGUCGCUGCCAAAGGAAAGUAUGUCUUCCCGACAGUGCCGAAGAACGAGAGCCCGAUCACCGUCCUUCCCACGAUUGCCAACCACUUGCAGACCCUCCUUGACGACCUGAACCAAUGCUACAAGGGCCUCACCGACAAAGAGGCCGACGUGGUAACGGACAGUGAUGGGAAGACUCCGGCUCUGAAGGGCGAGAUCAUGAAGCUGUUCGUGCAAUGCACGAAAACCGAUGUCACCCUGAACAAUUACAUCGCCCGGUCGAAGAGCUUCAAGCCCAGUACCAGCAACCUCGGCAGAAGCGACUCGAAAGCCGAGAAAAGCAAGAAAAAGAAGCCCAAGAAGUCGCCCAAAGCGGCUGAGAAGAAGUCGCCGAAAACCGGCGGCCUGGAAUCCACAAUCGCACCGGCUUCGCCAGAUGAAGGAUCCGAUUCGGGCUCCGAGGAUGAUUUGGCAGAUGCUUUGAUGAUGGACAUGGAGCGAGGUGUAAUCGACCCGGAAAUGGAGCAACUUGCCCGGCUGGGGCAUGGCAACUACCACAAUGUCCCGGUCUUGAUUACGAACUUUCAAUGUGUGGUGCCUUAUCUGGGCGAGGUCGGGAACACGGAAGAAACCUUCUUCAUCGCCUUGGUGGCGGUGAAGGGGGCAUACGAUGUCGCCUUGCUGAGCAAGUGGCUGCAAGCGAAGUUACUUGUGAUCAAAGAUGAGCAGGGUGAUGCUCUUCGGGUGCCAUAUGUAAAGACGGACAUGAAUGAAGGCCUGAACCUCUUGCUAUGGCUUCGCUACUUGGUCAGACGAGGAUAUGGUUGGUCGAGUCGCAAGGCUCUCUCGGAGGGUGGGGAGCUCCAGGCUGGUGGCUCUUCGCACUAUGUCCAGGAUGUUGAUGGGCUACAAGAGACUCUUCGAGCGAUACUUCACCCCCGAAUGACCGAAUCGAGCUGA